CCAGGAGCCAGGAGCUUCUUCAGUGUCUCCCAUGUGGGUGCAGGGGCCCAAGCACUUGGGCCAUCCUCUGCUGCUUUCCCAGCACAUCAGCAGGGGACUGGAUUGGAAGUGGGCAGCUGGUGCCUGUAUGGGAUGCUGUUGCCACAGGCAGAGGCUUAACCUGUACGCCACAGCGCCAGCCCCUAUAGUAUGACUUAACAGUAAAAAGAAUGGAAUUUUAUUAUCAGGAAAGACUGACUGUCUUAGAGUUGUUUACUCAGAAUAACGUCUUAAGUAUUGGAGAACUAGAAUAUUGCUCCAUAGUAUGUGAGAAGUGGUUUAAAAAAAAAAAAAGGGUUUGUGUACUUAUUUGAAAAGCAGAGUUAUACAAGGAGAGACAGAGUUCUUUGUCCACUAGUUCACUUCCCAAAUGGCCACAAUGGCCAGGGGUUGGCCAGACCAAAGCCAGGAAGCUAGAACUGCAUCUGCGUCUCUCGUGGGUGGCAUGGGCCCAAGUACGUGAACCGUCUUCCCGUGCUUCCCAGGCAGGUUAGCCGAGAGCUGGCUCAGACGCAGAGCCACCAGGACUCAAGCCGCUGCUGAUUUGGGAUGCCGACAUCGCAGGCGGCGGCUUACCCGCCUGCACCCUGACACUGGCUCCGAUGUGACAGGUUCGCGUCUGAUCUUCACAUCUGCUUGUUUUAGUUCUUUUUGUUGUUUUGCAGCUAUGUAUAAAGAAAGGCCUGGAAUUCAGCUAGUGUGAAAAAUAAAAGCUAUCAGGUAAAAAGUUAGGUUUAUUGUGGAUUUUGGGAAAAUAAUGAAAAACUGAAGAAAAAAUUACUUCUAAUAUUACCGCCUGAAGUAGUCGUGCUAUGGUGUGGAAUACUAAGGUAAUUAGUUUGAUUCAGUAGUAAAAAUUGUGAGGAAACAUUAAGUGUUAUCAGCCAGAAGAGUGACAGGAUUCUAAUUAGCUAACAUUUUGAGUACUUCAGUUCUUGCAUGGGUUAUUUAAUGCUUUUGGAUAUAUUAAUCUUUUCCUUAAUCUUCUAGAAGUCAAUCUCCAGUGGCAACACAGUAUAACAUCGUAUGUAUACAGGGUAGUCCUGGGUGGUUGAUAGUCAUUGAAUAUUGCUAGAACUACAUCUUCAGCGAAUCAGCUAUUUCAUACUAGGCAACUAUAAAUAGCUUUCAUGUGAAAUUGCUAAUAAACUAGCUGCUUAAAUGGCUGGGAUUCAACUACUCCUGGUCUGAAAUACAACAGGAUCUCUUUUCUUUAUAUGUACUAGACCUUCAGUAUUUCAACUUUAACUGCAGUCAUCUGUGUAGGAGAUACCCCAACACCUGCCUUCAGGGAGCAGAAUCCUGUAGUGUGGCCAGUGGUGAGCGUGAGAGAAACUAACAGUGAUGUGAAUGAGGAGGGAUACACCUAAGAUGUUACCAUGGAAGAGAGCUGGAGCAGAAUUACUAUUGGUUGGUUAACUCCCCAAGUCCCUAGAAGAAACCGAAAGCCAGGAACCCAGUCCAGAUCACCCACAUGGAUUGCAGGAAACAAUGAACCAUCACUUGCUGCCUUCCAGGGUGUGCAUUAGAGGAAGCUGGAAUUGAAAGUGGAACCAGGACCCAAACCCUGGCAUUCUGAUGUGUGUGCACCUUUUUUUUUUUUCUUUUUAAAGAUUAUUUGAAGGAGUGAGAGAGAUCUUCAGUCCUCUGGUUCACUCCCCAAAUGGCUGCAAUAGCCAGAACUGAACCAGGCCGCAGCCAGGAGCCUGGAACUGCUUCUGGGUUUCUUGAAUGGUUGGCUGGAGCCCAAGGACUUGGGCCGUCUGCUGCCGCUUCCUCGGGUGCAGUAACAGGGAGCUGGAUGGGAAGUGGAGCAGCUGGGACUCAAGCUGGCACCCAUAUGGGACGCUGGCAUUGCAGGUGGUGGCUUAACCUGCCUCACCACAGUGCCAACCCCAUUGUGGGCGUCCUAACAGUGCCUUACACGUAAGGCCAAAUGCAUGUACUUGAAAUGUGUAUUUUCUUUUUUUAAAGAUUCAUUAUUUGAAAGGAAGAUUUAGAGAAAGAUUUUCCAUCCACUGGUUCAGUCCCUAGAUGGCUGCAACAGCUGGAGCUGGGCUGAUCCAAAGCCAGGAGCCAGGCGCUUCCUACAGGUCUCCCAUGCAGGUGCAGGGGCCCAAGCACUUGGGCCACCUUCUACUGCUUUCCCAGGCCAUAGCAGGGAGCUAUAUCAGAAGUGGAGCAGCCGGAACUCGAACCAGUGCCCAUAUGGGAUGCCAGCUCCAGACUUUACCUGCUAUGCCACAGCGCCUGCCCCUGAAACUUGCAUUCUCAAACUAAACCGAUCACUUUGUGUCUCCCCAGUUGGCCAUCAUUACCCAGCUUGGUUUGGCUGGAACAUGAGAUACUGGUGGGAGAAUGACCCAAGAAAGAGUAGUGGAUAUUCCAAGAAAUGAGUUCUGAAUGAAGUAACUGGAUGACCAAAGCCUUGAACAGAAGAACCUGGUGAUUAGGGAGCAGGCGACUGGCACAGGUGAACAGGGUGCUCUGACCUCUGGUCUUGUACCAGAGCACCAGGCGUUGAAGCCCAGCUACCCGCCUCUGCGUCAGCUUCCUGCUAAUGCACACGCGGAUGCAGAAGCCAUGGCUCAAAUGCUUGUGUCCCUGGCAGCCGUGUGGGAGUCGAGCUGGAAUUCCCGGCUUCUCAGCCUGUCAGAGGGAAUGUAUGGCUCUCUCUCUAAUAAAUAAUAAAUUUUGAAUUGCUCUAAUUGUGUGAGUGGAGUUAACGCCUCAAACACUGGCUUACAUAAUCAAAACUUGAGAAGUGAGGCUCUUUAACUCUUUAACACGUCAGGCUCUGCUGCUAACCUAGUUCUGGUUUCCGUUGUUCACUUAUUAAAUAUUUGAGCACCUGCUUUUAUCCGAUAGCCCUGGAGCCUGUGUGCUGUAACUACGUAGCGUGGGUCUGGUGACUGGAGAGGUGCAUUCUUGUGCCCUUGGACGUGGAAGUGCUACAGAAGGGCUGUCCUGCUCCCUGCAAGCUGUUCUGACCAGGGUGCUCUCUGAUGCCUUGGUAUCCCUGGAUUUAUCCAGUGUUAAUAGCAAACACAUAGGGCCGGCGCCGCGGCUCACUAGGCUAAUCCUCCGCCUAGCGGCGCCAGCACACCAGGUUCUAGUCCCGGUCGGGGCGCCGGAUUCUGUCCCGGUUGCCCCUCUUCCAGGCCAGCUCUCUGCUGUGGCCAGGGAGUGCAGUGGAGGAUGGCCCAAGUGCUUGGGCCCUGCACCCCAUGGGAGACCAGGAGAAGCACCUGGCUCCUGCCAUCGAAUCAGUGCGGUGUGCUGGCCACAGCGUGCUGGCCGCGGCGGCCAUUGGAGGGUGAACCAACGGCAAAGGAAGACCUUUCUCUCUGUCUCUCUCUCUCACUGUCCACUCUGCCUGUAAAAAAAAAAAAAAAAAAUAGAGUCACCUGCGCCUGCACCUGUAUCUGCACCUGUACCUUUCUUUCAGGAGGGCGGACGCAGACAGGAGGGCUGAAGGUUGCUCGGCUUGUCAUGGCCUACCCAGGAUACGGAGGAGGGGAUGGUGAAGUGGAUGCUGAAGAACUUCAGAGAUGUUUGACAGAGUCUGGAAUUAGUGGAGCUUAUUCUCCCUUCAGUUUGGAAACAUGCAGAAUUAUGAUUGCCAUGUUGGAUAGAGAUUAUACAGGAAAAAUGGGAUUUAAUGAAUUCAAGGAGCUUUGGGCAGCUCUUACUGCAUGGAAGGAAAACUUCAUGACUAUUGAUCGAGACCGAAGUGGCACAGUAGAGCAUCACGAGUUGAGUCAAUCCAUUGCUAUUAUGGGUUAUAGGUUGAGUCCUCAGACGUUAAAUACUAUUGUUAGACGCUACAGUAAGAAUGGCAGAAUUUUCUUUGAUGAUUAUGUUUCUUGUUGUGUGAAGCUUCGUGCCUUGACAGAUUUCUUUAGGAGAAGAGACCACUUGCAACAAGGAUUUGUGAAUUUCGUGUAUGAUGAUUUUUUGCAGGGCACUAUGGCAAUCUGAAUAUCUAAAAUUUGAAAGUCAAAGAAAUACUGACUUCUUUUGCUUUGAAGAAAUGAACUGGACUACUUUAAAUGAAACUUUUAGGGUUUUUGGGGUUCCUAUUAUUAAAUGUCUUCCUUUACUAUCUAUUUUUACUUUAGCAUAUGGUGCAAAGUAAUAAAGAAUUGGGGGGGAGGGCUGACUUGGCUCACUUGGUUAAUCUAACUCUGCCUACGGUGCCGGCAUCCCUUAUGGGCGCCGGUUCUAGUCCCGGCUGCUCGUCUUCCAGUCCAGCUCUCUGCAGUGGUCCUGGAAGGCAGUGGAGGAUGGGCCAAGUGCUUGGGCCCUGCACCCCAUGGGAGACCAGGAGAAGCACCUGGCUCCUGGCUUCGCAUCUGCGCAGUUCCGGCCUUAGCGGCCAUUUGGGGGAUGAACCAAUGGAAGAAAGACCUUUCUCUCUGUCUCUCUCUCUCUCACUGUCUAUAACUCUACCUGUCAAAAAAAUAAAGAACAGGCUGGCACUGCGGCUCAAUAGGCUAAUCCUUCACCUGCGGCGCUGGCACACUGGGUCUAGUCCCAGUUGGGGUGCCAGAUUCUGUCCUGGUUGCCCCUCUUCCAAUCCAGCUCUCUCCUGUGGCCCGGGAGUGCAGUGGAGGAUGGCCCAAGUGCUUGGGCCCUGCACCCACAUUGGAGACCAGGAGAAGCACCUGGCUCCUGGCUUCGGAUCGGUGUGGUGCGCAGGCUGCAGCGCUUUGGCCGCGGUGGCCAUUGGAGGGUGAACCAACGGCAAAGGAAGACCUUUCUCUCUGUCUCUCAUUCACUGUCCACUCUGCCUGUAAAAAAUAAAUUAAAAAAAAAAAAGAAUUGUUUUAAAUUUGGGAUAUUAUUACUUUUGGAAAUGUAACACUUUGAUAAUCUGCAUAGUGUUAUAAAAUAUUGGUAUUUGCUAAUAAAACAUUUCUUAGUCUUAAUUUUAACCAAAAGACCUAGAAAAAUAUACUUAAAAGAUAUAUUAUAAACACUGCCAAAUAAUGAAAGCUUAGAUAAGACUAAUUUAUACUUAUAUGAAGGUAACAGAUUAUACUUUUAAAUUUUGUUUGUAGUCCUUGGUGUUUGAGGGUCAGCUAGAAAGUAAUGCCUGGAUUUUAUGCCAUCUUUAUAAUAGGCUUUGUUCCUUGGUGACUUAAUAAGACAACAGAACCUUAUGUGUAUUUGCCUUGAAGAAGAAAAUUAUAGUUUCUGAAAGUUUAUCUUACUGUAUAGCGAAUUGUAACAACAAAGGCAUUGUUUUUCCUUUUUAUUUUUUGCAAUAUAUAUUUUAAUAUGUUUUAUUUCUGUGAAAACAAACUGAAACAUUGCUUUUCUCUUUGCAGUCUAUUUCAUUAGUGAAGACAUAGAUAACAAAAUGGCAUCUUCUCUAGAUUUG